UCAAACUGGUUAAACUUCGUGUCGCUAACACGCAACUCGACAUAUACCCUAAAACAGCCACUUGAAAAAAAAAGCAUUUUCAAGAUUAUGUUGGUAUAAUCGAAAGCUUGUUUUAAAAUUGCUCAGUCACGGGAGCUUUGUGGUUUUCUUGGCUGUUAUGUUGUUUCGCACGUUAAGGACUAGAAGUUUGUCCAAGUGGGGUUGCCGUACAUGUUCCGCUGCAGACGGAUUUUUAUUUUUUAUUUAAUCUUCCCCCCCCCCCAAACAACUAAAUCCAUUACAUUUUCCUCAGUUUGUACCAGUUUGUAAUCCUCGUCACUGUCCGAUUGUCACUUGCUCUUCUCAUUCCGUCCAACGUAGAGCGGAAAGUGUGAAAAUGCGUGCGGGGAGGACAGCGGAGUACGACGAGGAACUUUGGGGCCCGAAGGAGGAGAAGGAGCCACGAGGUCAACGAGGUCAACGAGGUCAACGACCGGACGCCGCGUUCGAUCUGCAGCCGCGAAUUGUGCUCCGCAGAGCAGACAUCAGUGGAAGUCUUUGUACUAAGCAGCUGGAGCCAGAGCCACCUCACAUUAAAGAGGAGGUGGAGGAGGAGGACAUCACCGAGUUGCCAUCCACUGGUGUCCCUUGGAAGAGGGAAGCUGAAAGUCACACUGAGGAGAGCAGAGAGGCGGAGCCUCCAAGCAGCAGCUCAAGUCCACACAUGACAAGAGAGGGGGGUGGAGACCACUGUGGAGGAUCACCAGCAGACGGCCUCAUCGCGCCAUUAUCAGAUAGCGAUGACCUGACGUCACACUCUUCUGACUAUGAUGAGGAUGAACAGUCUGAAAGUGAUAUGACAUGUCACACUGACAAGAAACAAUGGGUAUGUUCCCAGUGUGGGAAAACAUUUGCUUAUCGUAGCCGUUUGAAACGACACAAAAGAACACACACGGGUGAGAAACCUUUCACCUGCUCAAUUUGUAGUAAACGAUUUUCUCAGAAAGAACACUUAAGAAGUCACACAAGUACUCACACUGGUGAGAAACCGCUCGCCUGCUCAGUCUGCGGUCAAAGGUUUUCUCAUAAGGGAAGCCUGAAAAUACACACAAGCACCCAUACUGGACAGAAACCUUUUCCCUGCUCAGUUUGUAGUCAAAGAUUCACUCAGAAGGGAGACUUAAAAAAACACACAAGAACCCACACUGGAGAGAAACCCUUUUUCUGCUCAGUUUGUGGGCAAAGAUUCUCUGUAAAAGGAACCUUAAACACACACACAAGAACGCACACCGGAGAGAAACCUUUUGCCUGCUCAGUUUGUGGCCAAAGAUUCUCUCAUAAGGGAACCAUUAAAAUACACACAAGAACCCACACUGGUGAGAAACCUUUUGCCUGCUCAGUUUGUGGUCAAAGAUUCUCUCAUAGGGGAAGCUUAAGAAUACACACAAGAACCCAUACCGGAGAGAAACCUUUUGCCUGCGCAGUUUGUGGUCAAAGAUUCUCUGUUAAGGAGAGCUUAAAGCGACACACAAGAGCGCACGCUGGAGAGAAACCGUUUGCCUGCUCGGUUUGUGGUCAAAGAUUCUCCUUAAAGGCAAACUUGAAAACACACAUAAGAAUUCACAGGUGAGAAACAUUUUUCCUGCUCAUUUUGUUGUAAAAGAUUCACUCAGAAGGGGAAGGUUAAUACACGCACAAGAAUCCACACCAAUGAGAAACGUUUUUUUCCUGUUUAGAUUGUGGUCAAAGCUUCACUAAGAACACGCAAGAACCCACACUGGUUGUUCAACCAUUUUCCUGCGUUGUUUGUGAGCAAAGAUUCUCUCGUAUGUAUGUGGCUAAGACACACAAGUGUGCUGGUGAGAAUGGGGUGAUCAUAAAGCUAUAAAUGUAAAGGUCAGGUUAGGCACGUUGGGGGCCGGUUAGCACAUCCGCCUCACAGUUCUGAGGACCGAGGUUCAAAUCCCGGCCCCGCCUGUGUGGAGUUUGCAUCUUCUCCUCCCACAUCCCCAAAACAUGCUUGGUGGGUUGAUUGAAGACUCUAAAUUGCCAGUAGGUGCAAAUGGGUGCGAUUGGCUGGCGACCAGUUCAGGGUGUACCCCGCUUCUCGCCCAAAGAUAGCUGGAUUAGGCCAGGGCUGGCCUGCGACACUAGUGAGGCUAAGCGGUAGAGAGAAUGGAUGGAUGGAUGGACGGAGGUUUAGUGACGUAGAUAAGCUUGAGAAAUGCCAAUGGCCUGAUUUCAAGCCGCUCGGCAGAAAAAAAAAAAGGUCCGGAGCGCGGC